AUGGCACUGCAGUAUUCCAUCAUCGUGCUACUGAUUAUUCUAAAACUUGUCACCUACAUUGUCGCCAGGGAUGAUGACGACGAAGAUGGCUUUGCUGACGACGAAAAGAUACCAACCGAUUGUAGCAACAUGGACUGCCAUCACUCACAUCAACCAACUUCAUUAUUCGACGAUUAUACCAAUGACGAAGAACAAUACCCACCAUCAUGGAUCUUUGUUGUCUGA